AUGCUGAACGAGGUGCUACUUGUUCAGUAUAGGCGUGAGCUUGUCCAAAUCGAGCAGCAAACUGUGGGCGUGCAGCAGAUAAUGAGACCAUACUUCCGGUUCGAAGGCCCGAUCAUCCGUAUCAACCCAGGGGAACUGCACUGCAAUGACCCAGACUUCGCCGACGAGGUCUACGCCUCUGGAAACCGGAAGAGAGACAAGCCAGAACUGUAUGUGAGCCAUUUGACAGGGGCGAACCAGGUCUCGAGCUUUGCCACAACAAACCACGACCUACACCGCCUUCGUCGUGACCCCCUCAGGAAGAAGUUCUCCAUCGCUCAGGUGUCCAAGCUAGAAACCGAGGUACACGCCCUUGCACAACGCCUUGGAGAUAAAAUACUCGCCAGCAGGGCCGUCUUUGAUGUUCAGGACGCAAUGAGCUGUCUCAGCUCGGACGCGGCAUCUUUGCAGGUCUUCGGCGAGCCAUUCGGCUUCGUGGAGCAGCAGCAAGGAUUCCAGCCAAACUUGAAGCGUGCAAGCUACGCCAUAUUCACGACCUACUUUGUUUUCCGGUGGAUACCGCCACUGAAGUGGCUGUUUGGCUACGGUGGGCGAUGGUUCGCGCCAUUUUUGCCCGAGGAAGUGGCUCAGUUCCAGCAUCUCAAUGAUGUAGAAUUUCCUCGCAGAUUCCAGCAGGCUAAGGCCGAGCAUGAGGCGGGAAUUUCCAAGCAACGCCAGACGGUCUUUGAUGUUCUCCUCGAGUCAGACUUACCCGAGCAGGAAAAGAAGGACAAGAGGAUCACGGGUGAAGUUGUUGCUAUUCUACUCGCCGGCACGGAGACGACUAGCUGGGCAUUGACUGUUCUAACAUUCUACAUCCUCAUGGACAGGAAAGUCCUCGACAAGCUCACAGAGGAGCUGGCGAGAGUGGUGGAGUCACCUUCUUGGCUUCCCAAAUGGUCUGCUCUGGAACAGCUGCCCUACCUCAAUGCAGUUGUUCAUGAAGGUUUGCGCCUCUCCUACGGUGUGGUUCAGAGAAUACCACGCGUACCGACGCAAGAAGAUCUUCUUUAUCAUGGAUCGUGGACACCGCUACAAUCCAACUCCGCUCCGACUCAGGUCAGCUACACGAUACCAAAGGGGUACGCUGUCAGCAUGUCUAACAAUAUGACACAUCAUAAUGAAUCCGUGUUCCCAGAUUCGCAUCGGUUCCUUCCAGAGCGGUGGCUUCGCGAGGAUGGGAGCCGGAGCAAGAAUCUUGAACGACAUCUCAUGUCGUUUAACCGAGGCAGUAGAAUCUGUCUUGGAAUGCAAACUGACUCUUACUGGAGGGCUCCUGGGCGGAUCCUCGCACACAUCUUGAACUUUGCUCUCACCAUCUUUUCGGCGGUUCGGUUAUACGUCAAGCUCGUUGCACGGCGUGACCGGUUUCUCCUUGAAGAUUAUGCCUUCAUCGCAGCAUGGGCCAUGACCGCGUUGAUCAUCAUCGGGGUCCUCAUGCUCACCCAUUAUGGCGAAGGAUAUCACGUCUGGGAGUUGAGUCAGUCACAGUACCGAGAUUUCCUUUUGUGGCUCUACAUUUGCACGGUUGUUUAUGGACCCGCUGCGUUUGCGACCAAGGUGACGUUGCUGUUGCUUAUAGCACGCAUCUUUGCUGUGAAGGAGCUUGUAUCCAAGGCAUUGCGGUGGUUCAUGAUCGGCCUAGGAAUAGUCUAUUCGGGCAUCCAAAUCCCCAAGGUUAUGGUGUGCACGCCUAUUUCAGCAUACUGGGAGAUCACUGCCAAAGUGGGUGUGACUGGGCAGAACCCCUAUUGCCUCAAUCAAUCGCACAUCUUCAUUGCCGAUAUAUCUGUGGCCGUGCUGACGGACUUCAUCAUCCUCAUUGUCCCUAUUCCCUUGGCUCUAUCCAUGAAUUGUCUUUCAUUCAAGCAGAAAGUGCAGAUUAUAUUACUUCUUAGUGCCGGUGGGGCUGCAACGGCGACAACGAUAUAUCGAAUGGUGAAGGUCAUCCAGUUCCUGGGAUCGACCGACCCCACCGCAGACUUUACAGUUUUAUCUAUUUUCACCGCCAGCGAAUGUGCCACGGACGUCGAGGUCCUCAUAUAG